AUGUCAGAAUUGAGAAGCAGAAAGAUCGCAAUGACGGAAAAUGAGGUAGAAGAGCGUGCUCAUGCGCAGGUGUUCAGUGAUGAGAGCGAUGCCGAGAUCAAUACGCCUACGCUAAGCAGAAGAGCAUCUAGCAUCUUUUCGUUUUCAGCCCCACCACUGGAACCUCCCAAUGAGACCGAUAUUGAGCUGUUUACCAGUGAUGAGUACCAUUUCAGUAUGGUUCGCAAUUUACACCUGGCCGAUUUUAUUACGAUGUUGAACGGAUUCUGCGGAUUCUACUCCAUUGUGAGCUGCCUGAGAUUCACAUUAACGGAAAAACCACACUAUGUGCAGCGAGCACAUUUCUUCAUCUUCUUGGGGAUGUGCUUCGACUUCUUUGAUGGAAGAGUUGCACGGCUAAGGAACAGAUCCUCAUUGAUGGGCCAGGAGUUGGACUCGCUGGCGGAUUUGGUUUCGUUCGGCGUGGCACCGGCCUCGGUCGCGUUUGCCAUUGGAUUCCAGACAACUAUCGAUGUUCUGGUGCUUUCUUUCUUUGUGCUAUGUGGUCUGGCUAGACUGGCAAGAUUCAAUGUGACAGUGGCACAAUUGCCCAAGGACAGCGGCGGGAAAUCUAAAUACUUCGAGGGCCUUCCAAUGCCAACAACGCUGGCAUUGGUCUUGGCCAUGGCGGUUCUCGUCAGACAGGGCCUAAUAAUGGAUAAAAUUCCACUCGGUGUCUUCAGACAAGGUUUACUGUUUGAGUGCCAUCCUGCCGUGUUUGUGUUCUUCCUGCACGGCUGCGGCAUGAUAUCCAAGAGCUUGAAGAUCCCAAAACCAUAG